CAUUUAUCUUGUAUUGUCUGCUUUUUUGCAUUACAACGUAAGGCAGGGAGGACCCAUUUUCUGUUUUGUCCACCUGUAUCCCCAAGGCUCAGAAUUAUGCGUGGCCUCUAACAGGUGCUAAAGGAAAACCAACAGCAAUAAUGUUAAUCAUAGCUUACUCAUGGUGGUACUGUGUACCAGCUUCUAGUUUAAACUCCUUACAUAAAUUAUCUCCUUCAGUCCUCAGAACAGCCCUACCAGGUAGGGAUGGUAAUUAUCUCCAUACUUCAGAGGAGGAAGCUGAGGCCCAGAGUGGUUAAGGGACUUGACCAAGGUUGCACAGCUAGGAAGUUGCAAUGCGGUGAUUGAAACCUGAGUAGCUUAACUGCAAAGUCUGGUUUUGCUAAAUGGAUGAAUGGGGCCUGAAACCAGGUACAGAGCCCUCAGGGACUCUGGCAUUGUGCCCCAAGCCCCUCUAGACUUGCCUUUCCUCGUCCCCAGCCCACAUGCCAGGAGUCCCAGUCCCCAUGUCCCCUGCCAUGCUGGGGGGAGGGGUGGGAACCUAGCAGGUCAGGGUUUACUCUGGAGUUUGCCGAGGCACCUCCCAGGCUGCCCAGGUGGGGGGCAGGCCAUUAAAAGUGGGUCUGGUGGGUACAGACUUCACUCACCAGACAGCAGGGUCAACUGCCCAGGACCCUGAGCCCAGUCCCAGACAGACAGACAGAUGCUCCUCAGCCAGCUGACCACAGUUCUGAGCCUGCUCAGUGGAGCCUGCCUACCCACAGGCUUGGGGAGGCCUGGACCCCAGGGUUCCCCACCCCAGCCCUGGGAUGCCACAAAUCAGACCCGAUCUCUGGGCCAAGGGGCCCAGGCCUCCGCAGUGCCAUCUUCUGCUCUCAGCAGCUGGAAGGCCUUCUUGGACCUGCAGAAAACCAGGCGUAUGGGGAUAGGUGGACUGCAGCAUGAGCAGGAGGUGGCCACCACCAUGUCUCUCCCACUGGACCCACAGGAAGUAGCCCAGCAGACGUGUAAGGCUGUGCCCUUCACUCAGGUGCUCUCCCCGCCGGGAUGCAUGGCUAAGCACCUCCGCAAUCACCUCUGCUUUGGCCACUGCUCCUCGCUCUACGUCCCUGGUGUGGACCUCGCCCCGUUCAUCCUCUGCAACAGCUGUGUGCCCGCUCGAAGGCACUGGACACCCGUGUUCCUGUGGUGCCGGGUGGGCAGCCCAGUCUCUCGGCGGCGGGUGAAGACAUACACAGUGCUGGUCGAGAGGUGUCAGUGUAGCCUGAAGGCAUGAGCUGAGCAUCACGGACUGACAGAGACGCACACACCUCGGGGAGAUGUGGGAGUCGGAAAGACACCGACCUGAGAAUGUCCACGGGUCAGAGACCAGGGAUGCAGGGAAAGCCAGAUGGGCCUCCCGAGUCCUCACCCUGCUCCCGUGAAUACCAGACAGCCCUGUAGCGGCGGACCACUCAGUCACAGCACACGCUACUGAGCACGCACUGUCGGCCAGGCCCAGCUCUAAGCAUUUGCCAGGUACUUACUUGAGUCACCCUCAGAGCUGCCCAAUAGCAUAGAGGCAUCACCCCAUUUUACAGGGAAGGAAACUGAGGCCCCAAGAGGCAAAGACACUUGCUCAGGGUUGCACAACACAACAUGGCAGAGCCAGCAUUUGAACCCCAGACCGGACCUCCUCUCACAGAAUAAGUCAAAGACACACCCCUAAAUGCAGGGAGAACGGAUGAUCCCACCCAGGAGAUACAAUGACGACCCUGUCCUAGGGGCCCCAACAAACCCAGGCAGGAAAGCAGAGGUAGCUACAGGGGGACACCUGGGUUCCCCAAGUCAGAAGCAGAACCCACAAGCUCCAGCUGCCCCUCCCAAUCUCCACCAGCCCCACGCCCAGUGUGGCAUCUACAGGACCAUAAAGGUUGAUGGAGUCCA